AUGUCGUCCAUUCUGUACGAAAAAGACUUCACGAAGCUGGAGUCAUCGAUCCAUGAGUCAACCUACAAGCUGUUCAUGCACAUGGCAUGGAUGGACAUGUGCAUCGAUAACGGAAUGAUGGAACUGGAGUUGCGCACGAGGGCUAUGAAAAAGGCAAGAGACGAAAUGCAGGCGCUCGGGGAAUGCCUUCCAGAUCUCGCAGAGGAGGAUGUCACCACGGACGAUCGUAAAUCCAAACCCUUGGCAAGCUUGGACGUCUGCGAGACAACCUCGGAGCUGAUAAUGAGAACUAUUCGAUGUCUCGAAGCAGGCGCGAUGACCAAGUGUAUAGCUGCUCUGACUUGCGCUGCACUCAUUGCACCAGUGACGGCCAUCGACGAUCGAUUGGUACUGGGGAGGACCUUUGCUGUGCCUGACAUGGACGUCCACCCGGUCCCGACGAUAGCCAUCGGAACAUUGACAAGCAUGCUGUUCCUGUGCGGAGGGCAUUUGAUGGGUACGGCGAGAGGUCUCAUCGGUCCGCUAAUGGGAAUCACAAGCGUGCUUUACUUCAUGAUGCGGAACGAUGCAGCGGUGGAACCCAUCAUCGCAUGGGGUGUCCUCGGUGCCUGGUCGGUAUUCACUUUGAUGUAUCUCAAUUUCCAAUGCCGGAGGGUAACAUAUGACAAAAUGUGA